UUAGCCGAUAAGGGCUAUAUUUUGCAGCAGCUUUCACCCGGAAAGUUUGUCUAACACCGAGAAAACGUUUUUCCGUCAAAUGAAACGUUCCUGACUUGCCUGAAAACAAAAUUUAACUCGCAUUCAAGAUUUCGGGUAUAUUGGAUAAAUUGAAGCAGCAGCUGUAGGGAGAUUGGUUUUGGUUCGUCUCGUUUUAAAAAGAAUUCUGCUUGGGUAGGGUUUCGUAUUAUUGUUCCCCCAAGCUCUACCUAUUUUUUCUCAUCGGCAUCGUUGACAGCGCGGUACAAUUUGUGCAGAAUCUUAAGGUGUAACAAAAUACUUUGGCUUGUGGAAAAUCUUGAAGAAAUUAAGGGUGAAGAUUACAAUUGUUGGGUGUAGGGAGAAGACGAUGAUGACAUUCCCUUGAAUUUUCUAUUGGCACAUCCCUUGCACCCCCUAAGUUGCCAGUAUUAGUUUUAAAUUUUGACAUACAAAUAGACUUUAAGGGGACAGAACACCAAAUUGCCUUCAGUUGUAGUAGGGUGUGGAUCAGAGGUUGAACCAUCUUUUGAGCUCUAUUGGUUUUUUCACUUUCAAUGUAAAAAGAUAUCGAGAUAUUUGAGGUGAAACAAAAUUGAAAUCCCAAUAUUUAAUUAAAGUACAUAGAAAUGAGGCAUAUUCUCAAAAUCAUUGGAAUUCUAGUAGCUCUUCUAUCUGUUUGGAUUGCUUUGCUGCGCUCAUCUAUUAUUGCACAAGAAAAUGCUCUAUUGUUGCCAAUAUAUUUUAUUGUAGCAUUGGGUUGCUAUGGAUUAUCAAUGGUAGGUAUUGGGCUCAUGGUGUUUCCUACAUGUCCAAAUGAGUCGCUUUUAUUGCAAAAGGAUAUUGCUGAGGCCAAGGCAUUUUUAGAGCAACAAGGAGUUGAUGUUAGUUCUUCCGACAGUUGACAAAGCCACAACAACAGAUAUCAUGUUAAAAUGAGAGUUGAUGUGAUUUCAUAUAACAAAAGUACUGUUUCUAUAUUGAUGAGUGAGCAGGAGGAAGAUGUGAUUAUUGAUUGACAAUAAGACUUCAAUUUCAUUAUGUCGUUUUUGUAUAGCACAUCUUUGACUUUUCUACUCGGGACUAGAAUUUUGUUUAUUCUUUUAGCUACCCAAAUAUUUAGGCUGGGUGGUCAAGCUUGCUUAUUGCUUGAUGCAUCUGAAUCGAUAAACAGUUUUUCCUUAAUCUAAAGUCGUUCCUUAUGUUUGAAUCAA